UAGUACGAAGCGUGAGAUCUUUCAAGGAGUGUUGCGAUGAUCUGGCUCAUUUUUUUGUCACUCUUUCUUCGGGCAACGACUGCUCAAAACCACGCUCACAGAAACGUUCGCAUCCACAGCGAGUCUCGCAGCAGCUCUCACAGCAGCUCUCACAGCAGCUCUCGCAGCAGCUCUCACAUCCACUCUCACAUCCACUCUCACAGCAGCUCUAGCCACUCUAACAGCCGCGCUCACAGCCACGGUGACAAGCCGAAUCACAUGGCUAACCAAUGCCGACUUAUGCAACGUAAUUACAACCAGGCCGCUCAAAAGUCUCAAUUUCUGGCAGAAACCGAAAGUACUGUAAAGCUGGUUCAACGUCAUGAUAUCGGAAAUAAUUUCUUCAUACAAAACCCUACUCCUGCAGCUGCAGCCAUCGACUUUAAUCGUACUACAACACUUUUAAUGGCUGAGCAGAUAUACUGUGCAAAUAGUGAAGAAGGAAAAUGCAGACGCGAUACUCUCAAGCGACUAUCAUCUUGCAUACCUAAUGAGAAACGGUGCAGCACAAUACCAAUUGAAAAACUCCCAAAAGAUAAACGAUUUCGUACCAUCACUGGAGCUUGGAACAACUUAAAAAAUCCAAAGUGGGGAAAAUCGUUCACUCCAUAUGGCCAUUUACGACCCACCAAUUUCGCCGACGGUAUUUGGGAAAUGAGAAAGUCCGUCACAGGGGAAGAUUUACCUGGGGCAAGAGUGGCAACAAAUGCAAUCGAUAAUGAUCCAUUCACAUGUACUCCCGAAUUCCCGGCCAAUUUUGGUUCAGUUAUGUUUGGCCAAUUAAUGGCACACGAUCAUGGAAUGAGACAAAUGUACCAGUCAAUAGACGGAGGUCCAACCAGAACUUGCUGUAAUGAAGAUUACUCUGCGGCAUUAUCGCCACAACCAUUUGCAUGUCACGCAAUAGAUUAUCCAGAAAACGAUCCGUUUUUGAAGGUGGCUUCGGAAAACUGCAACAACAUUGGAUGCAUGAAUUACAUUCGUUCGCAAGCGACAUUCUCAAAUGAUUGCAAUCUUGAUUCAUUACAAGCAGUAAAUCAGGUUUCUCAUUACUUGGAUUUGUCUCCAGUUUAUGGAAAUACUGAGGAGAUUGCCAGUGAGUUAAGAACCUUUAAAUAUGGCCUACUGAAAAACAAUAAAAACAAAGUGUUGCCGGAAACUUGCGACGAUCCUACCAUAGAUUGCUACCUUACCGGUGACUUCAGAGGAACUGCUAUGUAUUUUCUUGGCAUUUUACAAUCAAUGUACCAUCGCUUCCAUAAUGUAGUUGCACCGCAAUUAAAUACUCUAUAUCCUAAAUGGGAUGAUGAACGACUCUACCAGGAAACGAGACGGAUUGUAAUUGCUUGUUAUCAAAAUCACGCUAUUGAUUGGCUACGCGUUUUUGCCGGUAAGAACGAGACCAUGAAGUUUCGUCCAGUCGGAAAUAAUUAUGUGGGAAGAUACAAUGAGAAGGUUGAUGCCAGCUCAACGGUAGAGUUUAGCCAUUGUGUGUUCAGAGUGUAUCAUUCAAAUCUUGCCGAUAAAGUUCAUUUUAUGGAUGCUAAUAACACAAUCAUCAAAACCAUCAACCUUGAAGAUAACGAUGUCGGCUUGAAACCUUUGGAGACUCACUACAAUGUCAUCGCUCAGGGAAUGUUUGGUACUGGUGCUGGCCAUGCAUCUUUUACGCCUACAGUUCGCAACAAAAUGUUUAACAACGACAACGAAUGUCAUCUUGGGCUCGAUCUAAUUUCGACUGAUCUUUUGAUUGGACGCGACCUCGGCUUGCAACCGUUCUACGUUUACUUUGAACAAUGUACAGGAAAGAAGGUUACGUCGUGGGACGACUUAAAUACAUUACCCGCAAAAGCUCUUGCAGAUUUGAAGAACGUAUACAAAAGUGUGUUUGAUGUAGACGCUUUUGCAGGUCUAGCGUUGGAGGAAAAAUGUGGUUCGUAUUUGGGAACUGUUGGUAAAUGUCUGGUGGUAAAACAAUAUGAACGAACAAUAUCAGGCGAUAGAUUCUUUUAUUCACUAUCUGGCGGAGCCUAUCCCUUUACAAGAAACCAACUUGAUACGAUUUAUAAAUUUUCGUUUGCAAACCUUAUAUGUACUGUUACUGAACUCGAGAAAGUACCAGCCAGUGCUUUCGAAUUUCCAACUAUCAAAAAUCCGAUGGUCGCAUGUCAACGGGGCAUAGACUUAAGUGCGUGGAGAGGACUUAGUUAGAAUAUUAGAAAAAUAUUGAAUUAUUUUCGUGUUUUUUUUUAAUUUGAUUUAAAUGUAAUAAAGAGUUAAUUCAAUAAAUUUCAAUUA